UGCUGCUAUGACACCGUACAUACAUACCACGAUACCACUCUAUAGAUCACGAGAAACUCAGAGCAACAACCUUUUACCGUGGCGGAAAUCCAUAGGUAACCCUUAGCGAACUUACUGGGGCUGCCACCUUCCAACCCCUGGAAAGUCCACAAGCUUGGGACUUGAACCACUUUCUAGCAACAGAUUACAAUGGGGGAAAAGCCCCUCCAUGUGAUUGUGGUCGGCGCCGGUCUUGCCGGGAUAGCCAUCGCUCAUGGCCUACGCAAGCACAACAUCUCAUGCACCAUCGUCGACCGCGAGACCGUCCCGCGCGACCGCGCCUGGGGGAUAACCCUCAGCUGGGCAUUACCACUCCUCGAGGGCCUCCUACCGCCGGAGCUGGUCUCCCAACUGCAAGCCUGCCAGCCCGACACAUCCCUACCCGUGUCGUCUGCAGGGGAGCAAGGUGUUUUGAUCCGCGACGGGCUCACGGGCGACAUCAAGAUCCGCAUCCUGUACCCGGGCGGCGUGCGCCGCAUGCAGAUCCAAAAGACCAAGCGGGUCCUCUCGGCGGGGCUUGAUGUCCAGUACGGCAAGCGGCUCGUCUCUGUGUCGUACAAUGGCAAUGACGACGACGCAGAGAAGUCAGUGACGGCGCAUUUUGCAGACGGCACCACCGAAACGGGCACCCUUCUUGUGGGCUGCGACGGGGGAGCCUCGCAGGUGCGGCGCUGCCUGCUGGGCGAGGAGGCGGCUGCACAGGAAGUGCUGCCCUACGCCUUCAUGAACUUUUCUUUCAGUCUCCCCGCUGACAAGGCGCGCUGGCUGGACUCGGUCAUGAACCCCAGCGUCGACGUGGCGCUGCACCCCAAGGGCAUGUACAUGGGCCUGUUCCUGCUGGACAAGCCCGACCUGGCCCGGCCCGAGACGUGGGUGUUUUAUGUGCUGGUGACGUGGCCGAUCGCGGGCAAGGAGGACGAGGAGAAUUCCCCUAACCGCCUUGAGAGGCUACGCGCCCACAUCGACGGCUGGGCGGAUCCCUACAAGUCGGUCGUCGAGUGGUUGGCCGACGAUGUCGCUAUUGGGCCGGACUGGCUGCGCAUCUGGCAUCCCAAGGAGUGGGACAAUAGAGGAGGGAGGGCGACCCUGGCGGGGGACGCAGCGCACAGCAUGACGUUUCACCGCGGCCAGGGCGGGAACCUCGCCAUCAAGGACGCCGACGAGUUCGUCAAGUGCAUGGUGGACGUGAAGGAGAAAAAAAUAUCGCUCAAGGAUGCUAUGGAUGCUUAUGAUAAGGGGGUUUUGGCGAGGGGGCAGGAAGUCGAGAUAUCGAGGCAGCAGGCUGCUGCGUUUCACGAUUAUGACAACUUUGACGAUAGCCCUGUCUUCAAGAUGGGUAUCAAGCCGGCGGCGAGCUAAGCCGCUGGUACCUUUUGGACAUAUGCCGGGAGAGCAGGGCAGAAGGUGUGGCAAUAAAUCAGCGAUAUACGAUGCAGCCAAAAGAAUUCAAUGGCAUCUGUUAUGCGUUCUCUUGAGUAAACCAGCUUCUAAUUCGAGACAUGUC